GAAAACGGUGCAUCACAACGAAUAUACAUUACCAAUUCGAUGCUCAUCUUAAUGGCUAUCUAUGCUGCGACUGUGCUCACAAGUUCCUUUCCGAGAGAUGUAUCAUCGUUUAUGUCUUUGCUGAUGGCAGUAAAUUAUGGAAAUACUUAUUACAUUUUGUUCUGGCGAAGCCGUGAUUAUCGAAAGGCAUUUCACGGUCAGCUGCUCUUCUGUGGAAGUAAGAAGAUCACUGUUGCUGUAGUAAAAGAAAUACGAAAAGAUGCAAAUGUGGGCCCUAUCAGAGCGCUGUUCACUUGUUCCAGAAAUCCUGUGGCACAGUGA